AUGCAAACAUUUAUGCAGCUUUUUGUAAAAUACUCCAUUCCUGUUUUAUCGACUCGAAAUAUCACCAGUUCGUUAGCUACGUAUUCAUAUAUCAAUCAUUAUAAUAGACAAACUGGACGAGGACAUGCAAAUGAUUUAAUGCAUCGUGAUUUGCCUCGAUUUAUUGUAGCAAAUAAAAAAAAUUUCACACGAACUAUUGCUCGAUUAGUUGGUGUCGAUAGUGGUUUGGAGAAAGCUUUGUUGAUGUUGGAUGUUGGAAAGAAACCAAAACGAAGGAAACUAGAUGAGGCAAAAAGGAAUCGUUUAGGAAGGAUGUUUAUGGAGCAUCUUUUUCAAAUUUUAUGUGAGCAUGAUCGAUUUUGUGAUAUAGAAGGAUUAGAAUUAUACAAGGUUGAUGUAGGCCCAACAUUUAAAGUGAUGGAUGUUUACUGGUUAGCGAAAGGUGAUAAAUCUGAUGAGAUUACGGAAAAAGUGCUGAAGGAAUCAGAAAAUUUUGUACGUAAAAGACUAUCGGAAUUGUUAAGCACUCAUAAUGUUCCACGCUUAACUUUUGUUGCUGAACGUAAACAUAUUGUGGAGCAGGAAAUGAAUCGUUUAUUUGAGAAAGCAGAUUAUGGCAUGCAGUAUCGAGCUUUAAGUCAUACUGGUGCUAUUCUCGGAUCAAUGGCUGAUACAGGUUUAAUCAAUGAUAAUGGACGACACAAUUUCAUAGAACAAAAGUUUCAUAAAAAGUGA